AUGUCUGCCCGGGCUCUCUUCAAGGUGCCGAGCAGCUGCCAAAGUACUCGGCUUCGGCUUCGAAGCGUGGGCAGAUUUUCCCAAUUCUCUUUGAGAAGAUGGUCUUGUUCUAGCAGAAUCUCCAUCGGGCCAGCCCCUAGGCUGCAGCAACCUCAACCCCAACUUGGUGUCUCUAAUGCUCGUCAGAGAUAUCUACAACACUUCACUGUCCCCAGCAACCGCGUGACAGGCGGUGCGGAGGAUGUAGCAGGAUCAAAGCCAAGCCUGGGAGCUGGCCAGGAGUCCAUCACAUCACUUCCUCAAUACGAGCCACCUACUACCGGUAUUCUGUCAAAACUUCCCUCCUCGUGGGUCCCAUACGCUGAACUCACGAGACUUGACAAACCAACUGGAAUCUAUUACCUCUACUUUCCCUGCCUGUUCUCGACGCUCCUGGCAGCUCCGCUUGCCGUUCCCAUUGCCUCUCCUCUGUCAGUUGUUGGGACGUCCCUGCUAUUCUUUAGCGGUGCCCUUCUCUUGCGCAGCGCAGGCUGCGCCAUCAAUGAUCUAUGGGAUCGGAAUCUUGAUCCCCACGUGGCACGAACACGACUACGUCCCAUCGCUCGGCGGGCAAUCACUCCCUUCAACGCUGUGGCCUUCACGGGCGCCCAGCUCCUUGUUGGCCUCGGCAUCCUCCUCCAAUUCCCAUAUCAAUGCCUCUUUUACGGCAUUGCCAGCCUUCCACUCGUGGUUAUGUAUCCUCUUGCCAAGAGAGUUACAUAUUACCCUCAGUUCGUGUUAGGCCUUACAUUCUCCUGGGGAGCUAUUAUGGGAUUCCCGGCUCUUGGUGUGGACCUUCUGCAUAACAACGCUGCUUUAACGGCUGCUGCAUGUCUUUAUACUUCGAAUAUUGCGUGGACCGUGUUAUAUGACAUGAUAUACGCCCAUAUGGAUAUCAAAGAUGAUGCCAAAGCCGGAAUCAAGAGCAUCGCGUUGAGGCAUGAUGCACAAACCAAGCAGAUCCUAAGUGGCCUUGCUGUGACCCAGGUUGGACUCUUGGCAGCUGCUGGGGCUGCGGUAGGAGCCAGCCCGGUCUUUUUCAUUGGUAGCUGUGGCGGUGCGGCUGUUACGCUUUCUAUCAUGAUCAAAAAGGUCAACCUGAAAAGUGUCAAGGAUUGCUGGUGGUGGUUUGUCAAUGGCUGUUUGCUGACUGGAGGUGUUAUAUCUACCGGCUUGGGCGCGGAAUACGUUGUUCAAUACUCGCGAAGGACCGAGGAUAUGGUAUCUGAGGAGGAAUCUGUACAACUACUGUAA